AACCUAGCCAUCGCGCCAUCGCGUAUUAUCGUUUGGGUUUUUUGUGUAUUUUCAAAUUUGUCUCGGGUAGCCACCCAAGACUCUUUACAAGGGUUGACAGUCAAUAGAUAGAGAGCGGUAUAGUUUCUAAAAAUUUUUAAAGAUUAAGUAAACUGCAAUGGCUUUCAUCGCAAGCUUUCGCAAUGUGUUGUCUACUUUGGAACAUGCUUGCAUCCAAAGACAAAUACAUGUCACAGCAGUUACUGCCAGAGUACAGGCAGGCCGAUACAGAGUUACCAUCAAGAGAGAUCGGCCACUGACCUACGAGAUGGCAAAUCCCCCCUAUCAAAUCGCCCAUCGAAAGUCAUGGAAUUCCUGGAACACAUCUAAUGUAACUGGUGGCAAUAGAAGUUCCGAAACUGCUGUUGAUGAUAUGUUUAUUCGCCGUUUUAUCACAGGAACAUGGCAUUCAUUAUUUAUGAGUGAAGUUAUCAUCAAACGUCAACACAAUAUCAUAAGAAUAGCAGGUAUAGUUCGCCGUAGCAUUAGUUCAAGAAAAAUGUAUUUUUUAAUUGGCUACUGUGAGGAACUUCUCAGUUUUUGGUUACAAUGCCCUGUUAAACUCGAGCUCCAAACGGUCCAAAGCAAAAAUGAUGUCAUAUACAAGUAUAUUUAAUGUGUAGCAUAUUUGAAUAUCGAUAAGUAGAAUAAAUGAAUUCAAAUAAA